UAAACAUUAACUUGUCUUUAUAUACACUUUACAUGAUAUUAUACUUAUAUAUUAUUUUUACAUUUUUUUGUAAAAACAGUCCGAUUGUUUGUCAGUAUUAUUUAUUCUAAGUCAUGAUUUACCAAGUGCAGUAUUUUAUAUUAUUUUGGAUGUGUUGGCAUAUUCUGUUUGUUUGGAGUAACGCCGGGGUUGUCAAAAGAAAAUGCGACGAGCUUUCAAGGCAAAGUGUUGAUGAAUUAAUGAAAAAUAUAACAACUGAGAAUUCUAAAUUACACUGGUCAUUUUGGUUGUUGCCAUCGCUACAAAAAGCUGCUGAAGAAAAUAUUGAACAUGCCGAAUUGUCGGUUACAAAAAGAUUAAGGAAUUCGUUUCUUUACGGUGAAUAUGGACGGAGAUGUCCGAAACGAAACAUACCAAAUAUGAAAGUAUGUCCUGUAUAUUACGUGAUGCAAAAUGACAAGAACAGAAUCCCCGAGAACAUCGUUCAUGCACAAUGUAACUGCAAACACUGCUUCAAGAGCAGGUCAUCAUUACUUACAGGAAAAUGUGAAAAAGUAUACGGUCAAACUAUAGUUUGGAGAAGAAAUGAAACAACUUGCGAGUAUUAUACCAGUUUGGAAAGAGUAGCAGUUACUUGCACAUGUCAAAUUUCAGAUCUGACAAUUAUUCCGGCACUUUCUGGAGAAAUUAAAUUAAAACGUUUUCAGUGAAGUACAGGUUCCUUUAAUAUUUGGCAACGUUUAUAGUAAAACUUAAGGUAUCUGUGUUACAAUGUAUUUUAAACACUCAUUUUACAGUGCGAAAUUAGUUGAUUUACAGUUCACUGUCUCUGAAGCAAAGAACAAAUAUUUAUAUCUAUUUGCUGAUAUCUUGUCAAUGUUUAUAGUAUCAACACAAUUACCUUAUUUUAAAGUCUUCCCCUAAAUUUAUUCUUCCUAACUGUAGCUCAGCUGUUUUUUUUUAUAUAUGGAAGAGCUUUAAGCUCUCUUUUUUAUUCAUAUUACGUAUGGCUUAAGUAUAAAGUUUUUUUUCAAAGCUUCAUUUUAAAUUUCGAAUUUUACUUAAAAACAUCAUUUUAAAAUUUGUCAGUACUAUGUACAAAACGAGCUAUUAUAAGUCUCUAUCUCUUUAGGUUAUAUUUAAAAAUGAUACUUUCUUAUUUAACAGUUCAUCACUUAAAUUGUGAAUAUUUUUAAGAACAUCCUUGAGUUAUCUUGUUCCUAUAUUGUUGUUCUAAUUAUCAUUUCGGAAAUGUACUCGUAUUCCUGUAUUGCAUCCACUAGUCUGUCUUUAUUAUUAGCUUGAAAUCAUUUUUUUACUGUUUAGUUGUCUGAAUUAUUUUUUGUAAAUUUUAGAGUUUAAAAAAUCUGCAAUAUGUUUUAUUGACACUUAGUUGCAUUUUACAAUGAUAAAUGAAUUACCAAAGAAAGAUAUUUACAAUAAUUUAUAGUCACAUUUUUGUUUGACUUUUAUUAUUUUAUUGUGAUUUAUACAGACAUUUACAUGUUGAUUUUUC